UCUAGUCUCUAUAAAUGCACAGUAAGUUGAGCAUUAAAUAAAUCAUAGUUUCUAUCUAAGCUUGUUCAGAGAAAGCUAUAUGCCAUGAUGUCCAAAUGAGAGUUAUGUCCCUGAUAGCAAAGGAUGGACAAGAUAAGCAUAUUUUCUGUGCCUUGCUAAUACUAGGCCAUGCUGGCUGGCACAUACUAUCGGCCCAGUUUCAUCACUUGGCACAGAUUGGCACAACACUUAUUUAAAUUGUUUUUGAUAAGUUCUUAAUCAAAAAUGGGUAUAAAAUAUAUAUUUUAAUCUUGGCAUCGUGCUAACAAGUGACUAACUUGCCCACUGGCUGCAAUAAUUAAGGGCUUACGUCACAUAUAGUGACAUCGAACAAUGCAGUACGGACAUUCAAGGAAAUCAUUUUUAGACCUUUGCUUUUUCUCUAAAAUAUUCCCAAUUGCUCUGCACAAGGAAAUGAACAUACUUUGAACACCCAAAAUUCUAACACCCAAAACUGUGCAAAAUGUGCAUGAGAAUUGCUAAUGUGCAACAUUAACUAUGCUAGAUAAAAAAAACAAACAAAAAUGGGAAAAAUCUGCUCUUUUAAGAUCGAAGCAAAUGUAAAAUGUUAUUGAAAGAUGCUAAAAUAUCAUUAUGGCGAAUAAUCUUCCUGGAUAAUGAUGUGAUAUAUGAAGAAACAAUUAGGGUUUGAAAAAGUGGCCACCUCCUUGGUACUAUAUAGCACAUAUGCGAUUUGUAUUUAAAUUUAUAACCACGUUCUUCAAGCUUUAUCAAAACUAUUUGGCACUGGGUUUAUGAGUCCUUAUUCAUCUGACCUUCUUACUUGGGACUGCCUUGUUUGAUCUCCGUUGUCUCCUUUAAGUUGCAAGUCACAGCUUGUCGUUUGCUACAGUUGCUUCUAACCACCUUACAGUUCUCAUGCCUAGCCUAUUUCUCAUAUUGUCAUCUCUUUUGCACAUCAAACUUGUUCUUCUGACCUGUUCAGAGUUGAUCCUCUUCUCAUGUACUAUGGCAACAAUUGCCUCUUUCAAUAUCAACAUGAGUGACAUGACUCUCCCACAACAUGGUUUGUGUCAUUGGCCCCAUACUAUCUAUCACAGACUGGCUGUUCCAAAUCUAUGCAGUGAUCAUUUCACACUCUCAUUCGCAUGAAUUGAUCUAAGUCAAUGCUGUCAUUCUUAGGUCUUUAGGCUUUUUUUUUUGUAAAGAACAAGGCAAACCUAGUACUUUUAGACCUAAGGCACCUGCAAAUGACCAAGUGCACUUGUGACAUUAACCUCACAUAUUCCAUUUCAACUUAAUUUCAAACAGUCUGGGGCAGAAAUUAGUGGAUCCUCACCUUUAUGUGGAUAUGCUAGACAAGCAAAAGUGGCUAGGACGAAGUCAAGUGGAAAACAUCCAAUGAUUAACAUCAUGCAGAAAUAUAUACCGAGUUCUCAUAAUCGUUUGCAGUAUAUAUGGUCAUGAGCAUGCAUGUUGCCAUCCUUGUCUAGAAUCCCCAUUUGGGCGAGAUAAGAAACCUAGCAUAACUGUACUUUAGAUUCUUAAUUGCAUAAAAUUCUUUCCUAGUGAAUCUCUUGCAGUCUCAUUUCCGACAUGGAUGAAAAGAUAUUAUCCUAUCCAUCUGAUCUAAGAUUACUUAUACCCAAUGAUUAGCCUUUUUAAGUUGGCAAGUCAGUCACAUCCAGGUCUUAAUUAAGUUUAGGUGCAGCCUCUUUUCAUCCAUGCCACAUUUUUAGCAGCAUAUGCGAUAGCCUCCUAGAGGCCUUAAGGUGACAAUGCAAAAGCAUGAUAUGGGAAAAGAAUUUCAGUGGAGACCAAUCUAGAGUUGUUGGGUACAUUUAAGCUGCUUCUUAGGAGUGACAAAGAGAUAAAUUCUAAUAAUAUCUCACGAAAAAAAGAAGGAAAAAAUGGAUUGCAGUCUAUCUUUCUUAAUUUAAAUGGAACCGAUAUUGAUAUCAACCUGUAGUAAUAGAGUUAACUAAUGAGUUUAAUAUUAGUAAGAUGAGGAUCGCCAUAAUAUAACUCUGAGAACACUAAUGAUGGCAACUUAUGAGUUUAUUAUGAUUAUUCAUAGUGCAUAGAUGUUUUUUUUCAAUUAAGAGUCCAUGGGUUGCUAAACACUGAGUAAGACUUUAUCUGACCAAAGCUGCCCUUCUGUUCCCUGUCCCAUGAUGUAUUUGACUUCCAAUCUCCUCAAGGAAAAAUGGCAAUAAAAAAAGCACAAUUUAUUAAUCCUAUUGGGUGGUUUAUCUUGGUUUAUAUUAGUCAAUUUUGAGUUAAUAAUUUUACUCAUAAGCAUUUUUUUGUGUCAGACUUUUAUCUGCUUUUCAAGGGGAACAUAGCUUUGACUUCUCACUGAAAUGUUUGUUGCUGAAUGAACAAUACCCAGAACCUGCAACAGGCAUCAGAAGUUUUAUACGUUUAUUGCUGCAAGUGAGUGCAGAUAUGGAUGACGGUGGGCAGAGGGAGAACGUGAGGCACAAGACAGAUCAAUAUAAACAAGUGCACGCACAGUGGAUGAUGCCUCAACAUCAGCUAAAGGAGAACCAUACUAAAAAGAUCAUGGCCAUCAUGGCUGAGCGUGACAAUGCUAUUCAAGAACGCAAUAUAGCCCUUGCUGAGAAGAAAGCUGCUUUAGCUGAACGAGACAUGGCAAUCCUCCAACGUGAUGCUGCAAUUGCCGAGCGGAAUAAUGCCAUCAUGGAACGAGACAAUGCUAUUGCAGCUCUUCAGUAUGCUCGUGAGAAUGGCUUGAAUGGUAACGGAGCAUCCGCAUGCCCUCCUGGGUGCACAGCUCCUCGUGGGACGAAACACAUUCACCACCACCAGCAGCAACACCUUCAGCAUAUUCACCCCUCACCACCACAACUAUCAGAUGCUCCCUACAACCACACAAGAGAGAUGCAUAUAACUGAGGCAUUUCCCAUCUCAACAGCUUCCGAGAGCAUUGCAAAGGGCCGUAAGGCUAAACGGCCAAGGAAAGAGACCAAAGCCCAGAAUUCUCCAUCCAAAAAGUCUUCAAAGUCCCCGCGAAAGAGUAGAAAGGGUGGAGGUGAAGACUUGAACAGGCAAGUCACUAUUGCUAAGCCAGCCAGCGAGUGGAGGAAUGAAAUCAGAGGUGGGGAUGAUCUGAACAAGCAGGUAGCUCUGACAAAGCAUCAAGAGUGGAAGGGUCAGGAUCUGGGUCUGAACCAGGUCACCUUUGACGAAGCAACAAUGCCUACGCCUGUCUGCUCAUGCACAGGAAAAUACCAGCCGUGUUACAAGUGGGGGAACGGAGGGUGGCAGUCGGCUUGCUGCACCACCACACUAUCCAUGUACCCGCUGCCGGUAAUGCCCAACAAGCGGCAUGCCCGUGUGGGAGGGCGCAAGAUGAGCGGCGGUGCAUUCAGAAAGCUGCUCAGCCGGCUGGCAGCAGAGGGCCACGAUCUCUCGCAGCCAGUGGACCUCAAGGACAAUUGGGCUAAGCAUGGAACUAAUCGCUAUAUCACAAUCAAGUGAGGUAAAUACUAUGAUGAGACUUAGAUUUUUAGAAUUAGGGUAGGGAAAAGAGCAGUUUUUGUGAUUGAUCUUUCUCUUCCCUGCCAAGUCUUUUUUUGUUCCCCUAGAGGAAUAUGAUGGCUCCAGAGGAGCAUAGGAUCAGCAUCUAAUGAACAUAAGGGUAGUGUGCUGAUGUUAGGUGGUUGGUUACUCUGUCUUUAUGUCAAUUGCCCUGGGAGUGAAAAUUUAGGAAUGCUGAAUAUGUAAGUUAUCUGUAUAUAUUUAAUUUCGCCGGAGACCAUGAGGUGGUAUUUUCUUCAGCACAGAAACACUUUGAUUAUUAUUGCUAGAUGGAUCUUCUUCAGAGAUUUCUUAAUUAUAUGGGAAACGGCAUUCGGAAAAAAUAAAUAGUUGGUAGGUUAUUAUUUAAUGUACUGCAGUGAAAUGUACAUUUGGUCAAUGGAGAAGCAUCAAGAAAUAGCCGAAUUUCAGAUGUGGAAAAUUGUUUUGACUAGGAAAUCAGAUUCAUCUGCUUGAUGCUGUUGUCGGGAACUUCAGCCAUCCUUAUUAAUCCAUCUGUGAUCGUUAACAA